CUCUAUAACUAGCAAGUGGUUAAAUAGCUUGAACGCUAGACAUCAAUGGGUGUGAUCCUUUUACUUACAUUUAUCAGUACUAAUGUACUUAUUUUGCAUUUGAAAUUCUCCAAUGCCCUUGAAAGCAUUAGUCCAUCAGAAUCUAUGGGUGAUGGAAAGACAUUGGUCUCCAAAGAGGGAACCUUUGAGCUGGGUUUCUUUAGUCCUGGCAUUUCGAAUAACAGUUACUUGGGAAUAUGGUACAAGAAUAUCCCACUUAGAACCAUUGUCUGGGUGGCAAACCGGCGCAAUCCUAUCAAUGGUACUUCUGGCUUGUUGAAGAUAGACGACACAGGAAAUCUUGUACUUCUCAUCAAGAACAGUAAUGUUGUUGUUUGGUCUUCAAACUCGACAAUAAAAGCUCAAAGUCCAAUAGUACAACUUCUGGAUUCCGGCAAUCUGGUCUUAAGAGACAAACAAGAUGCAAAUACUGGAAUCAUAUGGCAAAGUUUCGACUAUCCGUGUGAUACACUGUUGCCGGGAAUGAAGCUCGGAUGGGACUUAAAGACAGGAUUUGAUCGGCGUCUAUCAUCUUGGAAAAGCCCGGAUAAUCCAUCUCCUGGAGACUUUACAUGGACACUGGAACUUCAGAGUAACCCUGAGGGAGUGAACUGGAAGGGAUCAAAUAAGUACUACAGAAGUGGGCCAUGGAAUGGCAUUGGAUUUAGUGGUGCCCCAGAGAUAAAGGCCAACCCACUUUUUUAUUUUAAUUUUGUCUCAAAUGACCAGGAGGUGUAUUAUUCAUAUGACCUUAAGGAUCCAUCUGUAAUCACGAGGAUAGUCUUGAACCAAACUACCUAUCAUCGUCAGCGAUUCACAUGGAGUGAAGAUACUAAAAGUUGGAUUCUUUAUGCUUCUGUCCCAAGAGAUUACUGUGACAAUUAUGGUCUUUGUGGUGUAAAUGGAAAUUGCAUUAUUAGUGCGAUGCCGGUCUGUCAAUGUUUAGAAAAAUUCAAGCCUAAGUCAGUAGAGGCAUGGAACACAAUGGACUGGUCUCAAGGAUGUGUGCGAAAUAAGGAAUUAGAAUGUCAGAAAGGAGAUGGAUUCAUCAAACUUGAUGGGCUCAAGGUGCCGGAUGCUACACAUUCUUGGGUCAACAAAACUAUGAAUCUCAAGGAAUGCAGGGCUAAAUGCUUACAAAACUGUUCCUGUACGGCAUAUACAAAUUUAGAUAUUAGAGGAAGAGGCAGUGGCUGUGCUAUUUGGUUUGGCGAUCUGAUAGAUAUUAGACAAGUUCCAAUUGGAGGCCAGACACUAUACGUUCGAUUGCACGCUUCAGAAAUAGAGGCAAAAGCUAAACCUAAGAUAAGGAUUGCAGUGAUAACCACAGUUACCAUUGCCGUGGUCUUGGGGAUGCUCAUGGCCAUCUAUUACAUCCGCAAAAGCAAGGCAAAGCCCGCAGGUAAGUUAAUCAGACCGAUCGCUAUCUGUCACUAGAUUUGUGACCAUUUGGUAUUCUUUCAAUUUCUUUUAGGGUUACGAGUGUAUAGAUAGAAUUAGAUUGAACAAUAGAUCACUGCGAGAUUGAUACGUGGGAUUUUUUUUUUUAAUUUAUAGCUAGCGUAAUUUUUAAUUUAUUUAUUAA